AUCAUUUGUCAUGAAUAUCCUUACCAAAACUAUUAAAGAGUAACUGCACUGACUCGAACUCCAAAGCAGCAUCCAUAUCCAAAAUUGUGAAGAUGAGAGUGUUUGGAAGCUUGCAGUUGUUCUUUGCUGUCGGGGCACUCAUACAAAUGCAGCUUUGUUGCAGUGAAGGCAGGGAAAUUGAAACUGGCAAAAACGAUGUUGCUCUUGGAUACCUGGCCAAACUCAGAGAGGAGAUAGCUGACAAUGAAGGAUCACCCAAAGAUUUGAACACUGCACCAACUACCAUUCAUUGUUUGCAAGAAAAAGCUGUUGUGGACAACGAGUUCAGGCCAAAGCAAGCUAGAGACGAGGGAACUGAAUGUGGAGCGAAUGGAACGUUUAUUUUUGACUGGGAGGCUGUUGCCAACACUACGUCUAUAGCUCUGAACAAGUCCAUCCUCCGACCAUACAUGCAAGUUGUCAGCCAGUUGUUCAGAGACACCAAUGUUAUUCCAGUCAACAUCAGUAUUUCGCUGCAAUUAUUCUACAAGAAUAUGACAAUGGGCAGUGAUUCUGCUGUCGAUGCCUUGUUCCGCUUGGUUAAAACCGUCAAUGUAACGAGCGAAUCGGAUGGAUGGAUAGAACUCGACAUAACAUCGUCUAUCCUGUCAAUGUGGUCGCCAACCUGUAAGCAGUCGCCCAUUAUUCAAGUCACAUGGAAAAUGGAAGUCGAUUGUGUCAGUCACAUGAACAUUCCAAUCCAAUUUGUUAAUCCAGCUGAAGUGGAGCUUAAUAAUACCCUCCUCCGCGAGCAAUGUAAUGAUUUACAGCCACUACUGCUUGUGUACUUCGAUGAUGGGGAUCUAAAGCAGGUGAUAAUGGGCCGAGAAAAGUUGAUAAAAGAAGAGGAAAAAAUUGAUAACCGUGAUAGAAAUGACGCUGAAAGUCCGUUGUCGAAUCGUCGUAAAAAGAGACAUAAUAACAUAGGAUGUCGGGUGGUGGAUUACAUGGUUGACUUCAUCGAUAUUUACAUGCCUUAUAUGGUAACUCCUGCUAGGCUUAAUAUUCGGAGAUGCACUGGUAGUUGUAAUGAAUACUACAUUGUGAGUGCGCGUGCAACGAAUCACUCUUCCAUACUUACAGCUGCAAAAUAUUACAAUGAUCACAGGUACUUUCAAAGGAGUGACUCCAUCAUGUAUAACGAGCAACAUAGUUGGCCGUGUUGUGCUGCAAUUGGGUAUCGAUCAAUCUAUGUCACGAUACGGUAUAAUGGUAGCUACAAAUUGAUUUUGUAUCGUGAUGGAGUUGUUACUAAGUGUGGUUGUAGGUGAUUUCCCACUCGAUUGAACUCAUUGCUUGAAAAUUUUCUAUUUGAUUUACUCCAUUUUUGAAUACAAUGUUUACACAGUGUUGUGUUGUUUACUAUUCCGACAUUUUUCAUUUUCCAAUAUUUUUUCCUAUCAUUUAUUGCGAUUAAAUAUUAGUUACUUGAAAGUA